GUGAACAACCUAGCCGGCCGGCCGGCGCAGGCUCCGAUAGAGUCGGCGACGGUCGGCCCGGGAGUCCUGGAUCAGCGCGCGCUAGUGCUGGGCCCUGGCGCUACUAAGACUCAGCCUAGCUAGAGGCUAGAGUACGUCUGCACAAGCGAUGGCAGGAAGCCAUAUUGUGUUCCGUCGGCGUAGGCUUUGAGCUGUAGGUAUUCUGUGCAAGCACAAAGGAUCAGAAUCCAGCUGAUACCAGCUGUGGUGAGGACGCCUGCAUCGCGCACUGAUUUGCAGAGUCCAACCCACGCAGGGUCCAGGCGAUUUGCCUGCUCGGAGUGCUGGUGUCGCAGGGGUAAGCAACAAAUCAAUAGAAAGGGUAAUUCUCGAAGAAUGAUGCCCGUGUUGGGGACCAUUGUGGAGAUUGCGGGGCGCUGCCUCCUGCAGACCGUGUUCUUCAUCUACCCCGUGAUGCUGAUUGACAAGUACGUGGACAAGAAGAUCUUUGAGAAGGCGGCGCGCAGGCUGGAGGACCUGCCGGAAGUGGACCUCUCUGAUGCGGAGCAGCUCCUCGAGGUGCUGCAGGCCAAGUUGUUGGAGGGGAGGCUGAACCCGAAGGACGCCCAGCUCGCGUCGCUGGCGUUUCUAAGGCACCUCUCGGCACCGCAUUCUCCGAGCAACUUCAUUGGGGAGGUCGCCGGCGACCGGCCUCCAGCCCUGCUUCUGGCCCCCGUUGCUGGCCGGCUUAGCGUUCCGAGCACUUUGUUAUGCAACGUGGCACUAGGAGAGGACGGCACAGUCUGGUGGCAAGAGCUGGACGAGGGGAGGGGGGAGGUCCCACGACACUUCAACUACGCCCGUGGAUCGAAGGAGGGCAUCAGGCGGUCGCUGCGGGGCGAGAUCGGACGGCUGGGACGCGACCUGACGGAGUACAAAUGGAUGCUUGUCCGCUUUGCGCUCAUUCAGGGGCUCGACAUCCUGCUGACGACCGUCGUGCGACGCUGGCUUCUGAAGCGUCAGUGGCUGGCGGCCCUGCGCGCGCAGCGGGGCGCGCCCGCGGCCGACCGCCCCGUCGAGAUCGGGCUCGUACAAGGCACGGGUAUGGUGGUCCCUCUCAACCGGCGCGCGCUUUGGGAAGAUAACGGACAGCUGUGGACAACGGAUGUAGCCGGCAAGAUCGUUCCGUACAUUCCGGUUCCGGAGGACAACCUUCCGAGAGGGGUGGAAGAGGACGGGGAGGAGACUGGGGUCGAGGGCGAGGAACUAGAUCGGAAUAUCGCGUGCACGAUUUGUUGGGCGCGCGUGCGGCGCGCCGCGUUUUUGGAUUGCGGGCACCGGGUGUGCUGCGCCGGGUGUGCGCGGCGGGUGGCGAAGGGGCCGGGGAGGAAGUGCCCCAUGUGCUCGCAGCCCAUCAAGCGGGUCGUUCGUAUAUACGACUCAUGACCAAGAGUCGUCGUAAAAACUUCGAGAGUUUGUGAAUAAUCUGGAAGUUGUAGGUAGACUGGACUGCACAGGUGUCUGAUUGAGGGUUUCUGAAAAUUGAAAAUGCAAAAUACGCAUUACAGGGGGGUGCUUUUCUGCUCUCACUAACGGUGACCUAAUAGGGUCGCCUUUGUCAAAGCGCAAAUGUUUCAGCAACACUCAGUGUACUUUAUGGGACUAUGUAGAUUAGGUGGAGAAUACUGGAGGGCCGCUCCUGUAAGAAGCUGGGCUCGUUCCCCAGCGACUGUGUCGCAGGACAGCUGUACGUCAGCUGGAUUCUUCUUGGUGGUUUGACUGCUGGUAUGAUAACGUUUAAUUGCAGGGUUGACUGAUUUCUGUAUUGCAAUUGAGUUGAGGGACUUUUUUCCUGCAGCUAUCACUCAACCAUACAACACUUUUCAGCUAGCUAGGUUCGACAAAGAGUGCCCGGAACUGUCACUCUUGAACAUGUACAGAGACGUGGAGAUUUCUAGCCUAAACUAAGUCCCUGUGGCGACAUUUUGUGAUGGAUUAGGCCGCCGCCGGGCAUACAAGCAAUCUAUACUGCAUAAAUAUUCGUAGCUUCAAGUUGCACAGGCAUGCCAGUACAUUCGCUGUAGAACCACGUGUUGGGCUCGAUGUGACUUCUGAGCAGGACAUAGAAGACUCAGCCUGUGACUAGCUUGGGUAGCAACUCACCUGGCAAUACUCAAGCAGAUAGCUAGCUGUUAUCUUUCGUGCAUGGGAGCUCACGUACCAUGAUUAAGCAUCAAUCUUGAAAACCAUUUACGCCACGCUCAGUAUACACGGACUCGCCUUUAUACAGCCU